AUGAAUCUAGAAGAGCAAAUAGUGACUUGGCUGAUUUCAUUGGGGGCCCUAAAUUCCCCCAAAAUGCGGAUUGGUGACCCUGAGCAGUUCCUCAAAACAUCCUUGAAGGACGGAGUAGUCUUGUGUAAGCUGGCUCUACGGCUUCUUCCAGGCUCUGUAGAAAAGUAUUGUUCGGAGCCCAAGACAGAAGCUGAUUGCAUUGGCAACAUCAAGGAAUUCUUAAAAGGGUGUGCAGCGCUUAAAGUGGAGCUGUUUGAUGCACAUGAUUUGUACACAGGAGACAAUUUUCCCCAGGUGCUGAAUACCCUUGCAGCUAUAAACAAAGCGACGGAAGAUCAGCAGUCUACCAGACCAUGCUCACGUUUGCCAUCUCCUAGUUCCCCUGGGGCCGACAGCCAUCCUUUCUCGCAAGGAGCAGCUGCAAAAUCGUCGAGAGCAAUACACAGGCAGUCGGGAGUAGGGGAGAUGACUGAGAAUGGCAGUCACCAAUUGGUGGUCAAGGCCAGGUUCAACUUCAAGCAGACCAAUGAAGAUGAGCUCUCGAUCAACAAAGGCGAUAUUAUCUAUGUUACCCGGGUUGAGGAAGGUGGUUGGUGGGAAGGAACCCUAAAUGGCAAGACUGGCUGGUUUCCCAGUAAUUACGUCAGAGAAAUUAAAUCCACUGAUAAGCCGCUCUCUCCUAAAGCUUUGAAAGGAGCUGAAAGCCCCCAACUUACAAAGAAUUAUUAUACUGUGGUACUUCAGAAUAUUCUGGAAACAGAGCGAGACUAUGCCAGGGAACUGCAGGCUCUUCUGGGAACAUACUUGAGACCCCUCCAGUCCUAUGACAAGCUGAGUGCUGUAGAUAUUGCAUCUUUGCUUGGAAAUGUAGAUGACAUCUGCUCCUUUCAGCAAACACUCCACCAGGCAUUGGAAGAAUGUGCCAAGCUUCCAGAGCACCAGCAGAAAGUAGGAGGUUGCUUCUUAAGCCUGAUGCCCCAGUUCAGAUCUCUGUACCUCACCUAUUGCGCUAACCAUCCUUCAGCUGUCAACGUCUUGACCCAACACAGUGAUGAACUGGAGAAAUUCAUGGAGAUUCAAGGAGCAGCCUGCCCAGGGAUUCUGACCUUAACAGCAAGCCUCAGCAAACCAUUCACACGGCUGGAUAAAUACAUCACCCUUCUCCAGGAACUGGAGCGGCACAUGGAGGAAGUGCAUCCAGACCACGAAGAAGUCUUGAAAGCCAUUGCAUCCUUCAAGUCUCUCGUGAGACUUCUUUUCUGUUGCCAGUCUCAGUGUCAGGAGCUGAGGAAGAGGAAACAGCUCGAACUCCAGAUCCUUUCAGAGUCCAUUCAGGGAUGGGAAGGUGAAGAGAUAAAAUCUAUGGGCACCGUCAUUUACAUGUCACAAGUCAUCGUUCAAUAUGGAGCGAGUGAGGAGCGAGAAGAGAGGUACUUUAUGCUGUUUUCAAACAUUCUACUGAUGCUUUCGGCCAGUCCUCGGAUGAGUGGCUUCAUAUAUCAGGGGAAGCUGCCUUUAACAGGAAUGAUGGUGACAAAAGUUGAAGAGAUGGAUGGAAAUGAACACACUUUUGAAAUUGGAGGAACUAUGAUAGACCGGAUCACGGUACACUGUAACAGCAGCCACGAUCUGCAUGAAUGGCUGGACCAUUUGCAAAGGCUGACAAGAGGGGCAGCUUCAAGUGGCACCCUGUCCAAGACCCAGUCUUGGAGCUCUCACUCGACUUUCAGCUCUACUGGACAAGUUCGUGGUCCUUUGGAGCCACCCAAGAUCCUCAAGCCCUGGACUUUAAGUUGCCUCAGGCCUGCACCUCCCCUCCGGCCAUCGGUGGCACUCAGCUACAAAGAGCGGAUGUCCUACAUCUUAAAGGAUUCCAGCAAGAGUCCAAAGACAAUGAAGAAGUUCCUUCCUAAAAGGAAAACGGAGAGGAAAGCAUCUGAUGAGGAAUUUAUCAUUAGGAAAAGCACUGCUGCAUUGGAAGAAGAUGCCCAGAUCCUGAAAGUGAUUGAGGCUUAUUGCACAGGAGCUGGUUUUCAGCAAACCCUGGGUUCAGGCUCCCGGAAAGACUCUGUCCCCCAAGUCCUGCUUCCUGAAGAAGAAAAAAUCAUUAUUGAGGAAACGCGAAGCAACGGUCAAACUAUCACAGAGGAGAAAAGCCUUGUGGAUACAGUCUAUGCUUUGAAGGAUGAGGUCAAAGAACUAAAGCAGGAGAAUAAAAGGAUGAAGCAAUGCUUGGAAGAAGAAUUGAAAUCCAGGAAAGAUUUGGAGAAACUAGUCCGGAGGCUGUUAAAGCAGACUGACGAAUGUGUUCGGGAAGAAGCCGGCCGCAGGUCUUCGGUUCUGGCUUGAUUUCUGAACAGUGCUGCGAGCAGCUUGCAUGCAACUUCAGGUUUUCUGGAGAGGUUGAACUCUGAUUCCUCUUGCUCCUUAUAUUGGAUUUUGUUUUUGUUUUUUGUUUUUUAUUCUGAACAAGAGAAGGAAGGUGACGGCUCUGUUAACCAGUUUCCCCAUCUAGUAGGUUAGAAUUUACAGGUCACAAACAGUCAAACACGUUUCUGCUGGGAAGGCUGAGCUUUGGCUUGUGAAUCAUAAUAACUCUUUUACAAGCUCCCAAUACCUCAUUGUCCUACCUUCUUGGAAUGCGGAUUUUGCAACCAACCAAUAGCCAUCCAGAAAGAAGUUUGCUGAGCAGAAACUUCAGAGGAAAUUCAAACUCAUUUUUCUUCUAAAUUUUUUUUCUUUUUGAAUGCCUGUUACUUAAUUUAUUUGUAUUGGAGGAAAAAACAUGGUUUCAGGAAUUGUAAUCAGGUAAAAAGCCAAAGGUGGCGUGCACUUCUUUGGGAUGUGGGUGGGGGGGAGAUAAUCAGGGAAACAGGUUAUGUUUUCCCCACUUAACACAGAAUUUUUGUUUUCCGUGCCUGAGACAGAAAGAGAGCACAUGUGCACAGCAAUACAAUGGCUUCCUGUGUGGCCUUUCUACAAGUGCAGAUGUGCAAUAGGAAAUGUUGCAUGUUGCAUUUAUUUCUUGCUGGGGAAGCUGAUUUAGAGAUGCCCUCAUUCGCACACGGGGAGAUUGCACUGAUCUCUCAGCAUCAGCAAGCUGACCCCUACCCUUGUGUGUGUGUUUUCCCAUUCCCUUCAGGAUUUUGUCCCUCUGUUGUGUUUUCACUAGCAAACUAUAGGGCCUGGCAUGCACAAACUGUGACACAAAAAGCCACCCAGCAAGCUAGGUUAUAAAGCCCCUUGAGGAGGUGUGAUUCAGUUUCCUGCCUUUGCUGCUUAUUGGGGCUGCGGAAGCAUGCAUGCAUGUGCCCAUGUGUGCAUCAAGCAUCUGGCUGCAUUCUGUGUGGCAAGACACAAACUGCACAACCCCCAUGUAGUAGGAUGGCUUUUUAUCUAGCCCUUUCCCCCUUCUGCAGCACAUUUUUCGUGCCUGAGUGGAAUAUAAAUUCACCUUGGCUAGGAUAUGUUUGUUUCCCUCUGUAUGUGUGUGUGUGUGUGUUGUUGGUUGGUUGGUUUUAAGGCUGACCAAUUUUUAAUCUUUUGUUGGAGCAAAAAAGUGCCCCCAGAUUAAUCGAGUCGCCGAUUGAGGUCUUCUUGUUCAGUCUUGCUUACUCGGAUCAGCAGCAGCCAUCAGGCAGAGGAGAAUCUUUCCUAACACCUGCUGUUUGAGAUCAUUUAAAGGGAGAUGUGAGGGGCUGAAUCUGGAGCCGUCCGUAUGCAAAGCACAUGCUGUGCCACAGAGCUGAACUCCACCCCUCUCCCUGAACAGGGAAUUCCUCUUUUAAAAUGGCGCCUGCCAAAGCAUGGGCAUGCAUGAGCUAAGAAAACUGUCUUCAAAACAAUAGUUUUAUUCCUAUUCAGAUUUAUGCAUAUUCAGUUGCUCAGUUAAUCAACAUUGACAGGUUUCAUCAGCUGAAAUUCCUUUUAAUUGGUUAAUGAGCCUGAGUGUUUUGAUUUCUUCAAAAGAAUUUUUGCGGAUCCCUUUAUUGUGGCAACAGCUGCUGAAUGUUAAUUAGAAAAGGACUGUCCAAAAAAGAUUUCUCUUUUUAACCUAGGAAAAAAUGCUCUGAUAUCAUAAAGAAAAAAUAUUUCAGAUAUUUGCAUUUGUGUAGAGAAUGCUAUGCAAGCUAAAUGAAUGUUCCCUGAGUGUUCCAUCUUGGAGAAGAAGAAAGUAUAAGUUCCUUUCCAAGUGUGGUCAGGGCAGGAUAGGAGACCUGCACUAAAUCCAGCGAAGAAUUUGAUUCUUUUUCUGUGUAUGUGUUGAUAAGGAAAAUCUGAGUUUACCUUAACGGUGGGAAAAUCCAACCAUUCUGCCUAUAAUAGUUUUGACCUGUGUGUUACACUUCCAUCCAGUUUCUCCAAAAGGCAUUAGUAAUGCCUUUAUUUUAUUUUUGCUGGCUUAGUUAUAGUUCUUCAAUAGCUGUAAAGAGAGAACCACCGCAAAAAUACAGUACCAAGCCUGGAACUGUGGUUAAAUGGGUUGCUGCAGCAGCUGAAACUGGCUUUCUUGACCAUCCAGAUUCAGUUCUUAGCAGGAAUAGCCAACUGCAGGGACACUGUUGGUGUGCUGUGCAAGAGAGAGUGGUUUUGCUGGCGAGGCAAAGUGCAUCUCAAUGCUUUGCCCCAUCUAGAUGCAUUAGAAGGGAAAGAAAGGUGGAGGGCCUUAUGCCACUGAAAGGCAGGGAAAGGCUUGGCAAAGAGGAGGGUUGCAUGGUAUCCCAGAGAAAGAUGGCUAGAUCAGGGUUUGUUGAGAGGUGUGUUGGGAAGGAUGCAAGCUGGAGACAGCAGUAUAGACUCUCUGGCCGCUGCCAGAUCUCACGGGGGAGCGCUUUUGUCUUGCUUGCAUCUUGUUGAAAGCAAGCCUGAAACGAUAGAUGUACAUGACAGCCAUUCCUGCAGCAUCUGUACCAGGGACUGGGGAGGGGAGUGUUCCCUUUGUGAUGUCAUGAGGGCCAGCCAGUCAGCCAGCUUCUGGAGAGGAGCAGGUACAUCUGGACUCAACACAGGUCACCUUCAGAGCAGCCUCAGAGCUCUAAAAAUGGGUCUGUACUCACAAACAUGCCCUGUUAGUCUGUGGCAGAACCCCUGCUACCAAUUGGGUGCAGGUUCUCCAAGGAAUUAAACAGAGUCUUCCCCAGCGAUAUCCAAACUGUCUUGGCACACAGCAGGGGAAAUGUUGCUGGCAUGCCGUGAAAAAGUGGAAGGCACCAUGCAGCACUGGUGCUAUCCUGUCUCUCUGCCAGGAUUCCAAAGGAGAGUAAGCCAGGGCCUGGGAAUAGGACAGGCAUUGCUGGGCUUCUGCCAAAACCCAGGUUCUUGAAAGGGCCUACUGCUGUGUAUUUCCCUGUCUUCUCUCUGUAUGGCAAUAGAGGUGACUUGGAAGGGGUGCCCCAGGAAGUAUUAGGCCAGCCUACCGCUCCUCUCUUCUGUCAGGUAGAGGGUGCGCAGAAGUGGCUGCUGCAGGCCACUGUUCCUUCCCUUCACAAGUUGGCCUCCCAGAGGAGGAGGGCUGGUGUGUGGAUGGUAACUGCAGCUGCAACUUGCCUGACACCUCUUUUUGAGUCAUGGCCAUGCCUAGAGGGGUGAAGGUGGACCACCUGGGGAUAAUCUUGAUUUGGGCUGCAGUUGCCAAGAGGAUACCAGCCUGCAGUUGCAAGAGCUGAUUGUGGAAAUAUGCAUGCAUCUCCAGAACUGGGGCUUGGCUGUGUAAAGUGUGGAGAACGCAGGUCUGGCUGUCCAAACGAAGCACUUGCUUGUUAAUGUACGCACCUCAGGUUAUACAUUGUGUAAAAAAAAAUGGAGGAUGAGGAGGAUGUGCAGCUAUCCUAAAGGAACAGAAGCCAUGUGAAACUGAUUGCAGUGUUCCCAUAGUAUAUUCUUUGUUUACAGCCCUUUGUAAAUGUGCCCCCAUUAUGCCUCUUUUCUUCCCCUUUUACUCCCAGUUUUAUUUCUAAUCAUUUAAGGUUUUAUUUACUGUUAUGACAACUGAUGCAAGUUAAACUUUUUCUAACCUGUUUUUAUUUUGAGCAAUUUUUUUAUUGUGGUUUUCAACAAAAUAAAGAAGGUUUUUAA